UCCUCAAUAGGGGAAGAAAGGGACAAAAGCUGGACCAAAAAUAACUUAUCUCUGUCUGCAGGGGGUUCACAAACAUUAUCUUUCAUAUUUGACUUAAUUGUCAACACAGCGGUGUGUGUAGACGGAGGAUGCAGCUCGGAUGAGUAUAUGUGUGCAGCGCUGGUAGCAGACGCAGCUCACCGACACACACACACACACACACACACACACACACACACACACACACACACACAGGGCCGGUAGAAGUGGAAAAGCCCUGCUGGAGGUGGCACAGCGACAACUAACGUCAACCUACACCGAAAAUUGGAAGAGGCUUGUGAGGAAUAAUGUAUCAGGUUCCAGUUGGAAAUAUUGACAAGAUCCGAAAGGCACGCAAGGCGGUGAAAAACAUCCUAGGUGAGAUCGGCCUGGAAGACUGCCAAAAACUUUUAAAGGAUCUCAAUGAAAACUCUGAGAAGAACUCCGAUGAAGAAGAGGUCUUUCAGGAAACGCAAUGGGUGGAUAUCACAGAUGGAUACAAUCUCAAACUACAGAAAAAGUGGCCUUAUCGGCCUCGAUCUCUGUGCUGUAGCAUGUGCAAGUACUCUUCACAAAACAUCUACAACUUCAGGAGCCACAUAUCUCGCUGCCAUGGAUAUGCGCAGUCGUUCUGUACGCUGGCACCUUGUUCUAAGUGCCUCUUCAUCGGACACCCCAAGUCUGUCAAGAAGCACAUGCUGUACUUCCAUGCCACCUUUGUACAACCGCAGAGGGAGGUGUCUCAACCCACUCAUCAUGGGAAUGAGCGGUAUCAGUGUCGAAGAUGUGGAUAUCCAGCCUCCUCCAUCUUUUCGAUGAAGAAGCACAUCAUUCUCAAGCACCUGGACAGACUGGCAGAACAGUAUAUUGGUUACAGAUUACACCCUCAAGGGUCUACUACUAUAAAGAUCUACUGCUGCAAGGUGUGCAAAGUGAACACUGGAAACCUAGACCAAAUGUUGCAUCACAUGCUGGUUGAACCAUCGCACUAUUCAGUCAGCACACAAGUGCAGAAUAUGAUUUAUGAGAACAAGAACUUCACCAUCAAAGCCACACCUAAUGGGAAUGGCGUGUUUGUGACAUUCCCAAACAUUGCUCCUAAACCACAGCAACCUCAAAUGUUCAGCAGUAAGUCUUUGGUUUUACCAAGUAAUUGCCAACCUGCUGGGACUGUGCUGGCAUUACAGCAAUUACAAGGAACUACAAACAGUGCUACUCUGAUCUGUGCCCCCGGAACCAACCAAGCUUUCCUGCCCCCUCAAGCAUCGGCGCUAGUGCAGCUAGCUAGUGCUGAAGCUAAAGGUUUGCUCCAGCCUGGUGCUACGAUAGCCCUCCGAAGUGCUUUGCCCCAAGGAUCAUCUAUGAUCCAGCUUCCCACAAUGUCUAACGUGGCUUUAGCUCAACGGACUCCACAAGCGCAGCAAAUCUUUCUCCAAUCAGGACUGCAGGCCAACAUGGCAGCUCGAACAGGAGCUAUAUCUAAGCCUGCUGUGGUGACACAAAACGCACCAACAAACCAAAUCACCCUACAAGGCACCAUGCUGACUUCACAGUCCCUGCUAAGUCACCUUAUCCCGACUGGCAACAGGAUGAAUGGCAUGCCCACGUACACUUUUGCUCCAAUGCAAGUAGCAAAGCCUGUCUCUCAGAGCACAAGCACCCCUCUUAAGUCUGUUGAGCAAACUAAGAACUCCACACCACAAACUAAGAAAUGGAUUACCUGUCCCCUCUGCAAUGAACUUUUCCCUUCCAAUGUCUUCGACAUGCAUACAGAGGUCGCACAUCAGACCAAAUCCAUUACAUCCAAGUCGGAAAGUGUGGCGGCACGGGCAGCAUUCUUGAAGAAAAUGCCCGACAAAACUGUCAAAUGUCUAACGUGCAAAAUUCUACUUUCAGAAAAAAGCGUCUUCCAACACCUGCUGCAUGGCCUGAAUUGUUUGUACUGCUCAGCCUUAUUCUUUUCAAUCAAGCAGCUUGCUGAGCAUGUAAAGCAGCACAAUCCCACAAGCAAGGCAUACUGUGACUUUCUGAGGCAGAAGUACAGAGUCUACUCUAAAGGUAUUGGAGGAAUCCUGUUCCCUUACUUUGAUGUGCACACCACCGCACCAAAAGAGGUCCUAGGAGACACCGAGGUCAAUCUCGCCCUGGUCACAAAUUCCCUCGACCUGAUCUUCUUUAAGUUGCAGCCCAGCAGCCAGCCAGACAUCUGCACGUCACCUGCGAAAAUCAACAGCGCGUAUUGUCCCUUUUGUGACGAAAAGUUUCAGAAUGAAUCCAAACAUCUUCAGCACCUAAGGCAAAAACACUUGGUAGCACCCACUAUUCAUGCCAUCCUCAAGACAGAGGCUUUCAAGUGCAUAUACUGCAAUGGUGUGUACACGGGGAAGGUCACCCAGCAGGCGGUGAUGCUCCACAUCCAGCGAUGCCGGUGUUCACCAAAACAACCGCAGCCACCCAAACCUUUAGCACCACCACCGCAGCCACCAAAACCGGUUCAGCAGCUCGGUCAACCACUCUACUUUCUCCAAAUGCCACAAGGGAUGACUAUGAAAAAAACUUUAGCUCCAGCUCGUUUGAUUCAAGCUGCACCCCCUGCCACUGAGCGUCAAGAGACGACAGCAGAGCUGCAGUCUAAGAAGAGGCUGGAGGCUGCAUGGAGGGAGGUCAUUGAGACCAACAAACGAGAGCGGGAACAAAAAGCGGCCAUGCGCAAGAAGCGGGAGCAGGAAAAGUUGUUGCCCCCACCAGAGCCUGUGGUUCACAUCAAUCCCACAGUGAAGCUGGUGUUACAGCCCACCACGACCGAGCGCCGCUGCAGCGAGGAGCGCAAAGACUUCAUAUCCAAAUACUUUAACGUGAACCCCUAUGCGACCAAAACCGAGACCGACGAACUGUGCAAGAGGCUGUCCCUCACCAAAGCAGAGUUGUCGGCCCACUUCAGCAAGAAGCGCAGCAAGUGCAUGAAGAGUCUCAAGAGAAACAAGGCUGCCAUUCUCCUCGGAUUCAACAUGACAGAACUGCGCAAAGUCAAGCACAAUCUGCUGAUCCCCAAACAGCAGCCCGCUGAGACCACUGAGAUGCAGCCCGCUGAAACCACAGAGCAGCCGCCCACCGUGAAUAUAGAGCAGCCCUCCGCCGUGACCGCAGAGCAACUGCUCGCUGAUUCAACAGAGCAGAUGGAAAGCAGUGAGGAUGGACCAGAACCAAUGGAGGAAAGUGGAAAUGAGAAAGUUCCGGAUGUGAGUGCGUUACCUGAGGUGGAGCUGAUGGAAAGUUAAGAAAUGUGUGAAAAUGGAACAACAGCAAAUGCAGAGGUCCCUAAUUAAUAACUGAAUACAACCUGGAUACUUAAUGAUGGCCUUUUGUGUUGACAGCCACUAGAGAAGUUAAUCAUACAAUGUAUUACUGCAUACAAUGCAUUACCUGACAUACAAGUUACCUGUAAGUGAGAGUGGUUUCUUAGUUUCUUAAUACAGCCCACAUUAGUACUGCUUUGUCUUCCCUCAGUCUGUUGUCAGUGGUCCAUAUCCUCAUUUCCACAUAAACGCAGAGAACAUUAUAAUGAGGAUACAGAUGUAUUGUCUGUGAUAUAAUGGUGUCAAACUGUUGAGCUGCAACAGUAUUGAGCUUGUUUCAAUCUGUAAUUCGACUAUGGCUACUGACUUCAACUCAAGCACUGAUUUGCUCCUGGUAGCUGCUUUUAUGUGCACCCUUUAUUUAAGCCCAUUUGUACAAAAGUGUGAUUCCUAUUUCAUCAUUGCUUGUCUGCUAAUAUCAAGACUUAAGUGCACACACACUUCAACGUAGAUUGGUUUAUCAUUGUACUAUGCUUUCCUUAAAAAAAACAAAAAACAUUUGGACCUAUUUGUGUCAUGUGCACAGCUUAGUUAUUGUUUUCUCAUCCCUUUUGGAUUGUUCACAGUACACCCUACUUUACAUUUAAACAGAUUAAGGGGGAAAUGUUUCUUGCUCACCAACUACUGCAGAAGGCAAAUGCUUAUCUUGCAGUUUUGAAGCCAAAUUCUUAAAAAUGUUUGGGUUGUUAUACAUCUUUGACCAUGUUGCGUGCUGUCUUUUAUUGUCGGAUGAAAUUAUGAUUUGUGCCAGUGUACCUAGAGAUUCAACAAAAUAUGAAACAAGUUAUUGGGUGUUCACCAUAUAUCUUCUGUUCUCCUAACGACUGUUUUUUUUGUAAUACACUUGUAUUUUCUAUAAUUCCUAGAGGAUCUAAAAUGUUGGGAGAGGUACAAAUUAUCUAUUCUGUCCAAGGCCACUGUGUUGUAACAAAUAAAGUGGUUUCCCUUUACGUAAAUGAUUCAUACUUUUCAUUUCCAUUUCGUAAUAAAACAUAAUUUUAAAUCAA